AUGUACGAGAGGGCACUCAUGAGAAGUACAUCUCAUCCCCCGUACUCUUCCCCAAGUGCCUCCACAGUAAUCAAGUGGAAUCCUCAGGGAGCCCCCAACCCGACCCAGGCCAGCACUGGCCUAGGCUACCUGCUGAGGGACCACAUGGAGGGGAAGAAUGGCACCAACUCCACCAGGGCCCUGAAACUUCCAGAUGGGACCAGCGCUGCCUGGUACAUUCUCACCAUCAUUGGCAUCUACGGAGUGAUUUUCCUCUUCCGAUUGGCCAGCAACAUCCUCAGAAAGAAUGAUAAAUCCUUGGAAGAUAUCUACUACUCAAAUUUGACCUCCGAACUCAAAAAGAAAAAUCUCCAAAGCAAGGUGGCCAAAUGCUCUGCACUGACCUUUAGCAACAGAGCUGUCCUGCAGUCCAACCAGGCCAGCCUGGAACCAAAAUGUAAAAACAGUGGGUGCCAAACUGAAAUCCAAGGGAUCCCUUGA